ACGAAGCAGCUGUUCAUACUAGAAAGUGGAGGAGGAGACCAUAGAAAUGAACGCACUGGGAGGAUGACAGCUUUUAGCCGCUGCUGUAACCCUGAACCUCUGACACCCAUAUGAACCGUCAGCGAGAGGACCACUAACCCAGCCCGCAGGGCGCAUCCUCUAUCCUGAGCAAAAAGCGAGGGGCCGUGGGCGGAGGGUUCCUUAUGAUUUCUCAGUUUUCAUAGACGCUAUUUCUCUAACACCAUGGUGCUGGGCAAGGUGAAAACUUUAGCGGUCUACUUCGACUAUCUGAACGACAACAACGUCCCCGUUUACUCCGGCGGGGAUUCGGUCUCGGGGAGGGUGAUAAUCGAAGUCAUCGGCGAGGUUCGCGUCAAAACGUUGAACAUAACCGCCAGAGGCGUAGCCAAGGUGCGGUGGACCGAGUCCCGGAACGCCGGAGCCAACACUGCCUACACUCAGAAUUACACCGAGGAGGUGGAAUACUUAAACCAUAGCGACACGUUAAUAGGAGAGGAGAGAGGUAAGGGACAACCACAUCAUAAUUACGCACUCAUUCUCACAGAGAUGUGCUGGCAAACUUGAAAUUGGGUGUAUAUGGAAAGGCCUAGUUCCGGUUGUUCUGAAUUUUCAGAUUCCAGCUAUGUUAUGGAGCUCUGUCAUUGCUGGUAAUUAUAGCCUACGCCAUUUGUAGGUUACAUGACUGACGAUGGGUUAAAUUUGACAUAAACUGCGUAACACACACAUCACACAUUCUUUGGAACAAAUUACAGUUCUUAGUCAGGUGGGAUAGUGGUCCUGAUGCGACAAAGGAUAGGUUUUCUGCAUCCAAUUUAGGCUGUUUAAUACGCCAGAUCCGACAAAUAUUUGCUCAAUUGAUGUCUUAUGACACAUGUGUUUUAUUCGAAUUGAAGUUUGUAAAGUUUGCGUUUUAUUUAGCGAGUUAAGGAACCUCAAUGUUGUCAAAAUUUGACACGAGCGAGGGCUAAUCUAACUAAAAGCGGUUAAAAUUAGAAUAUAUUUUUUAGGUUUAUUACUGCUUUUGUUUGAUAAUUUUAUCAAUAACGUUGUUUCGCUGAUGAGAACCUGAAGUUUACUCCCUUUGUUAGAAGCGGUUCAAACCUGAUCACAAACUGGCUGAGGGAAGGGGGCGCGUGGGGGGACACCCCUUUCGCCUCUGAUUGGUCUAAACUGCCAUACGUGUCUAGGAUGACAUCAUUCCAUCUGGGGAAGUAAAAAUUCUUAAGCAUGCAAUUUUGUCUUCAAUUUGCUGCUGUAACAGUUCCGUUAAUGUAAUGCACAACUAGCCUAACACGUAGGCAGGCCUAUGCCACACACCUUUCAUAAAGUAACUGAUCUCUUACAUCAACAGGUACUAUUAAGAAAUGUAUCAUUGCAUUGACCAAAGAGGGCGUUUACAGUAGUGCCCAUUACCUUACUAGGCUACUGAGGUUCAGUUUCAGCUGAUAACAAUUUUCAUAAUAGCUGGUCUAAUGGGACAUGUAAAGUGAAACAUUUAGGAUUUAUUUAGCAUCUUUACAGGGCUUGACAACACCAAGAGAUACACUUUUAAUUUUUCAAUUUAAAAGAAAAACAACCCCAUAGUUAGUAUACAACGCAAUAAAAAUAGACUCUUGACGCAACACAGCAAUACAAACAAGUCCUAUCUCAUAUUACAGUAAAUGCACUUUUGCAUGGGCGAAUCAGGCUCUUGUUGCCAGGGUAAUGUGAGAGCUGAAGUCAUAUUUUCUCGAACAUUUAUCCAUCACAAUAUGACAACACCAAGACCUUCAGCAGAAGACUGUUUGCCUUUUCAGCAACGUAACCUACCGGUGGCAACUUAACCUACCGGUGCCCUUUAGUUCAGAUAACCUACCGGUGCCCAAUAGUUCAGAUAACCUACCGGUGCCCAAUAGUUCAGAAUAGCCUUUGUGAAAACAGUGUUAAUCAGUAGGGUAGGGUUCCUUAUGUAGCUGGCUGGAAAAUGAUGUCAUGUAUGUGCUGAUCAUCUGUUUACCUCAGGAAAGCUACAUGGGGUGCAGGAUUUUUAUUUCCAGCACUAAAUCACCUGAUUGAACCAACAGUGUUCUAAAUAGUGGAACAUGAGUAUGUGACCCAGGUGUGUUAGUGCUGGGCUGGAACAAAAGCCGGUACACCCUGUAGCUCUCCAGGACCAGAGCCUACACUGAUUUGAUCUCCACUGUUGCUCAAGCAUAGUGUUUAUUAGUUCAUGAUCUGUAAGUAUUUUAUGUUUUCCUUAUUUUGUUGCACUGUAAUAACCUUAAUUGUAUUUGUGUGUUGAUUGAUUGAAGAAUUUGUCAAAUAAAAUAUGUUGUUGGUUUUUAAUAAAGAUGCAUGAAUGUACCUACUCUCGAGUCCCUCUUUAUUUCUCUCAAAUAGACAGACAGAUCUAGACUGUAGUGUCUGUCUGUGUCUGUCUGUCGGACUCCCUCCCUCUCGGUCUCUGAGUAUCACUCAAUACCUAAAUCUUUCUAUCUCCCUCUCUUUCUCUCUCUUCUACCCUCCCUAUCUCUCUGUUCAUGUCUCUCUCUCUCUUUCUCUCAAUUCUCCCAUAUUACAGAACACAUGGCCAUUCAUAAAGGGGCUUGGUGGAGGGGCGGGACCAGGUUAGCUUUCCUCAAAUGGCAAGCUAAAUGAGGACAGUACAGAGGAGACCCUCACUGUUCUCAACACAGGAUUACACGAAUUCGCCUUUAGCUUCCUGCUACCACAGAUGCCCCUGGCCACAUCGUUUGAAGGGAAGCAUGGCAGUGUGAGAUACUGGGUGAGAGCAGAGCUCUACAGACCAUGGCUGCUGCCUUUCAAAGUCAAGAAAGAGUUCACUGUGUUUGAACACAUCGAUAUCAACACACCACUGCUGCUGGCCCCUCAAGCUGGCACUAAGGACAAGACCUUAUGUUGUUGGUUCUGUGCCUCGGGACCCAUCUCACUCAGUGCCAAGAUAGAGAGGAAGGGAUACACGCCAGGUGAGUCCAUCCAGAUCUCUGCAGAGGUGGAGAACUGUUCGUCCAGGGUGGUGGUGCCCAAGGCAGCGCUGAGCCAGACCCAGACUUACUUCGCCAAGGGCAAGGCCAGGCAGCUCCAGCAGCAGAUGGCAGCCCUGCGUGGGGACACCCUACCCCAGGGGAAGAGCCAGAGCUGGGAUGGAAAACUCCUCCACAUACCCCCAGUGUCUCCAUCCAUCCUGGACUGUCCACUCAUCAGAGUGGAGUACUCACUGGUGGUGUAUGUUGACAUCCCUGGGGGGUUGAACCUGUCUCUAUCUUUGCCGUUGGUGAUCGGGACCAUCCCCCUCCAUGCAUUCACCAAUCGAACAAGCAGCAUCAGCAGCUACUGUAGUAGCAUCAGCUGGCCAGAGAGACCUGAGGCUCCCCCCAGCUACAGUGACUUGGUGGUGACAGAGGAGCAGAGAUGGGGCUGUCUGGAGCGCUGUGAGGGGUCAGAGGUCAACGAAGAGGACCAGGGAACACUGCGCGCUUACAUCACAGAGUUCAGAUACCAGCCCCCGCCGCUCUACUCCGAGGUUGACCCUAACCCAGAGCCGGGCUGUGGAGGUCAGGUGGUCAGGAGACCCGACCUCUGCCCCUCUCGCUGAGCACAACACUGACCUGCUCAGAGCAGACAGGCAUCUACACCUACAGAUGGAUCCAACAUGGCCGCCGCUAUAGCCCCCUACUGGAGCCAGUUACCUACAGAUGGAUCCAACAUGGCCGCCGCUAUAACGUCCUACUGGAGUCAGUCACCUACAGAUGGAUCCAACAUGGCCGCCGCUAUAAACCCCUACUGGAGCCAACAUUGCGUCUCAUCCUUAGUUUUCUCGGGUACAUGGAUCAACAGAUGCAGGGAUGUCAGCUCUGAUAGACACUCUGUGGAGAGGCCAGGAGACGCCUCAGUCUGACCAGAAUCACGGUUCUCUGCUGGUCAGAAAGAAUAGAUAGUCCUUAGACCAAUCUUCUGGUACAUAUGACCAUUACGUGGCACAUCUAAGACUAGAAAGGAGAGGAGAAGAAGAAAAUAGAUAAUCCACUGUUGGACUGUUGGAUACAGUGGUCAGGAUCUCCUCCAGCCUCAGAGUGAAUUUUGCACAUGCCUCUCACUGUUUUUCUACUUAUCUUCCAUAGCUUUUCUUCCUCAACUGUCAUAUAUGCUGGAACAUGUCCGUUGUCUUCUCACCACCAUUACUACUUAACUAGAAACAACACCGAUCACAGACUCUUUUAGAACAAAGUAACUAAGAAACAAAUGAAAGGAAAUGUUUUUAGAGGUGUUGUUGUGUCUUGUGUUUCCUGAAUGGGGAAUGUGGUACAUGGUGAAAUGACUAGUGUGUGUGUUCAGACACUGGUGUAUCUGUGAAGCACUCACUCACUCUCUCUGUCUUUCAGGUGUCUUUCCUCACUAAACCCUCCAUAGAUACAGUACCCUACUAAGCACUUGUUUGAUUGUAGUAUGUGGACAUAUGACACAGAAAGAAGCUCUGUAUUUACAUAAGAGGCAAAGAAACAGCCAGAUGUAAAAUAAAAUAAGAUACAAAUACAUUUGAAAUGUUUACAGGUCAAUUGUCCUUCAAAGUUGAUCUUCACCUCCAAACAAAGUGCAAUAUAUUUUUGUAUUUGUCGUUUUUCUGUUUGUGUAAGUGAUGCCAUUAUAGCCAUUACUGAUCUGAAUGCUAUCAUGAUCUUCCUUUGUUUGAAAUAAAGAAGCCGUUUUGUAGAAACUGUGAA